CACACAAAGCCACAGCACAGGCUCUCCAGAGAGCGCGCAGGCCAUCUCACUGCUCACAAUGUCAUCCGGUAGCCAUGGCAGCUCUACCUCUUCUCGUUUCCGGAGCGGAGGUACCUCUCCCAUCCCGUACCGCGUGCACCCCAUGGACUACGAGCCUUCCGUUAACUGCUACUGCGGCCGAAAGGCACCGCUCCUGACCUCUAGGACCGACGCCAAUCCCGGCCGGAGGUACCUGUGCUGUUCACGGGCGACGCAGGGAUGCGGGUUCUGGCGCUGGUUUGACCCGAGGGCUAGCCCCUACCUUAGACAGCUACUCCUCGAUCUGCGAAGCAAGAUCGUUCGCAUGGAGGGCGAGAACGCACUACUGCACAUGUCUCUGGAGCAAGCCCUGUGCAAAGCAAGGCGCCGACAGAGCUUCAGCUCGCGGCUCGUUGCGUUUCUACUGAUGGUAAUUCUGUUCUUCAUCUGCGUCUCGGCUUGGUCUCGGCUUGGUCUGGUGUACCGUCUGCUUGAUCUUUGCAUCUGUGAUGUCGAUGGUCAUAAGUUAUGUAGGUCCUAAGGCGAGUAAUCAAGGCUGUGAAAACACCCAAAAAAAUGUAUCUGGAAGCUGUGUCGUGGUGGGCGCAUUACUAAUGAGAGGGAAACUUGUAUUAGACUCUGUGUGAGUGUUGUAUGGUGCAAAUCGUGUCCAUUAAGACUGGAGUGUGCCGGCUGUUCCAUUA